AUGACAGAGCAAAUCCCCAAAACCAUGCGGGCGGCCGUCGUCAAGGACUUCAACAAAGGCUACGAAGUCCGCGACAUUGACGUACCCACCGACCUUGGCCCAAAUGACAUUCUCGUUAAAAUUGCUGCAGCAGGCUACUGCCAUACCGAUCUACAAGUGUUGCAAGGCGUCUACGAAUCAUCAGGAGCAAAGCCUGGCCUUGUAGGAUCGCAUGAACCUGCCGGAACUGUCGUCAAGGCCGGAUCUGACGCAGCGAAAUCAAACAUCCACGUUGGCGACCGUGUUGGCUCGAUCAAUACCUAUGCAUUCUGCGGAGAAUGUAGCGCCUGUAAACACCAGGGCCAGCAGCUCUGUGAGAAGCUGGUUGGCAUGCUCGGCUUGACUAUCAACGGUGGUUUUGCCCAGUAUAUGAAAGCGGAUGCCCGUGUCGUCUCAAAGAUUCCAGAGUCUAUUCCGUGGGAUGAAGCUGCGCCACUUUUCUGCGCGGGUGCCACGGUUUAUGGUGCUCUUCUGGCAUCCGGUGUUAAGAAAGGCCAAUGGCUAGCGAUAGUCGGCAUUGGUGGCCUUGGGCACCUGGGCGUGCAAUAUGCCAAAGCCUUAGGCGCUAAUGUAAUUGCCAUUGACAACCGACAAGAAGGUAUUGACACGGCUCUCUCUGUUCCAUCACACCUCAGGCCGGAUAAGACAUUCGUGAUCGACUCGGAUGACGCACAGAACAAAGUCAUCGAAGAACUACAGUCUUCCUUCUAUGAAACCAAUCCGGGUGUGGACCGCGUGGUUAUCAACGCAGAGGCGCGAGGUCUUAUCAAAUUCUCGCAGCAGUUCUUGCGUAAAGGCGGCGUCGUGGUUGAUGUUGGCUUGCCAUCGGAGUGGUCGCUCGAAGUCGAUCCGUUUGCACUAAGUUUCAAAGAACAGACUAUCAAGGGACGGUUGAUCUGUACACCCGAGCAGAGUCAGGAUAUGAUCAAUCUUCAUGCGGACAAUGGAUGCAAGGUGCAUAUUGAGAAGACUUAUGGGGUGGAGCAAAUCAAUGAGAUGUGCGAGCAUUACCAACGCAAAGAUUUGAAGGGCCGACUUUGCAUGGUGUUUUAA